AUGCCUACGACGCUCACGACCUACCUGCUUGGCGUCUUCGAGGCCCCCUUCGCCGUCGUGAGGGAGGAGGCAUGGUACCGCAUCACGGCGUCCAGGGCUCCCACCGGCCACCUCGUCGUCGCCGUCAACGGUACGCUGAUCCUCAAUGUCUCGCACGCCUACCACCCCCGGGUCCUUGCCGGCGGCGGCACGCCGUAG